AGGUGCGGGCUCAGGAAACAAGGUCCUUGCCGACAAUAGUGCCCCCUAGAUUUGCCAUGCACAGGGAUCUAGAUGGCAUCCUGUGGGCUUUGCGUGCACUGGGUGCUCCCAAAGAUUUCAUGUGGCUUGUCGUGCUGGUGUGGUUCACUGAAGGCCUCUACGAUUUACAAAAGGAGUUCCAAUUCCUGGAAUUUUACGCUGGGAGAGCGAACUUGACAAAAGCUAUGCGAAAGGCUGGGAAUCGGUCAGCAAGAUUUGACAUCCUGUAUGGAAAGACGUCUAAGAACAAGAACUUGGGAAGCACCAGCUCGGAUUGGAUGGACCUGCUUCAACCGAGUGGCUUUCUGUUGGCUACCCUUUUCAUUUUGAAAGGGGGUCCUGGCUUCGUAGCGUGGUUUGGUAUCAAAUGUUCUUCUCUGGUGGCAGUUAACAAAGGCACAAGUGGGAGGUCACCAUGCUUUGCAGUGGGUCAUGUCCAAUAUCCGAGCGUAUCCACAACGAAUGCCUUGAUUGAAAGGACCCUUUGCUUGAUGAUGCUGGUGCAAGCUUGUUGUGGAACCUGGGUGGUAGAACAGCCUGGGACAUCGGUUUUGCAAUUCUAUCCAUUAUGGGUGAGAAUGAUGACCUAUUUCCUCAACCUCUUUGGAACACCAGUCCAUCGCGUCACGUGGUGGAUGUCGAGAUACGGUGCAGCCUCAGCAAAGCGUCAGGUUGCUUACAGCAACGCAAGUGGGAUCAGAAAGCUCGACAUCGGGUGGAAGAGAUUGAACCGACCAAAGAUUAAAACCACGGUGGCUUAUGUAAAUCGUGAAGGAAAGAAGUGCUGGAAAGGAAGCAAAUUCUUGAAACAAACGGAGAUCUAUCCAGAACCCUUUGGAGAAGCUGUCGCCCGCAUCAACGACGAUUUGAAGCGAACGAGAGCGUGCUUUUUGAAUCUGCUACCUGUUGGCUAUCCCACCGGCCCCCAGACCAUGCAGACCACGCCUGAUACAUCUGACUUCUCACAGGCCCGCCUGGCCGAGUGCUUCAAGUACAUCCGGGGAGCCAAGACUUUGAAUUUGCCACCGGCUUGGAAAGAAAUCAUUCCAAGCUUUCUGCCUGAAAGGCAAAAUUCAUGGGAAGAAAGCACCAAUUAGAGUCCUUUUUGUUGGAAGUGUGUUUCGAAAGCAAUCGAAAACAUUCGAGAACAUUCGAAAACCAUUUUGUUUAGAAGAACUCUGCUUUUGCAGUCAUUUUGAAGCUUCGAGGGUGUCGAAAAGCGGGAUGUGGGCCAAGAACCUGGUUUUAAGACUGUGAGAACCUGGCUUUACCCAUACACAACCCAUAAUUACCCG